ACGGAGAGCAGAGGAAGGUGAAGCCGUCGCUGCGGGAGGAGGAGCAGAAGGAGGUGACGCAGGAGAAACGCACCUCCCGGAGCCCUGAGCUCUGCGAGAGUCACACAGUCUGAGGAGAGAAAGGGGGAAGAGGGCCGCCGCCGGCUGAGGAGGCGGCAGCGGCCACCGCCGUUGCAGGGUGAGCGCUGUGAGCGGUGGAUUCCGGCGCUCGUGUGUAAUCCCCCGGUCCUGAGGCUUGCUGCAGCCUCUCGACACACUUUGUUGCCCGUCCCCCUAGGGCCUGGGAUGCACCCUGGUGGGCCUUGUCCCAGGACUGAGUCGUGCUGCCGCCUCCGCUUGCCCUGCUUCUGAAGAGAAGACGCCUGUGUUGUGCGGUUAUGCAAUGGUCUGUGCAAGAUGUUUUAUUCUUGAAUUGGAGCUUUCUAAGACUGACAAAUGCUGGUACUUCAUCUUCUAUAAGUGGACUAUAAUUUCUUUACUCAAGACAACUACAUAAGCAGACAAAAUUGCAAAGAUCUGCCCUGUGUCGAGUAUGACAGCCACGACUCGUGGCUCUCCGGUAGGAGGGAAUGACAACCAGGGCCAGGCUCCUGAUGGACAGUCUCAGCCCCCCCUCCAACAGAAUCAGACUUCAUCGCCUGAUUCUUCAAAUGAAAAUUCCCCGGCAACUCCCCCAGAUGAACAAGGUCAAGGUGAUGCUCCCCCACAGCUUGAAGAGGAGGAACCUGCAUUUCCACAUACUGACCUGGCAAAGUUGGAUGACAUGAUCAAUAGGCCUCGGUGGGUGGUUCCAGUUUUGCCCAAAGGGGAAUUAGAAGUGCUUUUGGAAGCUGCUAUUGAUCUUAGUAAAAAAGGCCUUGAUGUUAAAAGUGAAGCCUGUCAGCGAUUUUUUCGAGAUGGGCUAACAAUAUCAUUCACUAAAAUCCUUACAGAUGAAGCAGUGAGUGGCUGGAAGUUUGAAAUUCAUAGGUGUAUUAUCAAUAAUACUCAUCGCCUGGUGGAGCUAUGUGUGGCCAAGUUGUCCCAAGACUGGUUUCCACUUCUAGAACUUCUCUCCAUGGCCUUAAAUCCUCAUUGCAAAUUCCAUAUCUACAAUGGUACACGUCCGUGUGAAUCUGUUUCCUCAAGUGUUCAGUUGCCUGAAGAUGAACUUUUUGCUCGUUCUCCAGACCCUCGCUCACCAAAAGGUUGGCUAGUGGAUCUUCUCAACAAAUUCGGCACUUUAAAUGGGUUCCAGAUUUUGCAUGAUCGUUUUAUUAGUGGAUCAGCAUUAAAUGUUCAAAUAAUUGCAGCUCUUAUUAAACCAUUUGGGCAAAGCUAUGAAUUUCUCACUCUUCAUACAGUGAAAAAGUACUUUCUUCCAAUAAUAGAAAUGGUUCCACAGUUUUUAGAAAACUUAACUGAUGAAGAACUGAAAAAAGAAGCAAAGAAUGAAGCCAAAAAUGAUGCCCUUUCAAUGAUUAUUAAAUCUUUGAAGAAUUUAGCAUCAAGGGUUCCAGGACAAGAAGAAACUGUAAAAAAUUUAGAAAUAUUUAGGUUAAAAAUGAUACUUAGAUUAUUGCAAAUUUCUUCUUUCAAUGGAAAGAUGAAUGCACUGAAUGAAGUUAAUAAGGUGAUAUCUAGUGUAUCAUACUACACUCAUCGACAUGGUAACCCUGAGGAAGAAGAGUGGCUUACAGCUGAACGAAUGGCAGAAUGGAUACAGCAGAACAAUAUCUUAUCCAUAGUCUUGCGAGAUAGUCUUCAUCAACCUCAGUACGUAGAAAAGCUAGAGAAGAUUCUUCGUUUUGUCAUCAAAGAAAAAGCUCUGACCUUACAAGAUCUUGAUAAUAUCUGGGCAGCACAGGCUGGAAAACAUGAAGCCAUUGUAAAGAAUGUACAUGACCUACUGGCAAAGUUGGCGUGGGAUUUUUCUCCUGAACAACUUGAUCAUCUUUUUGAUUGCUUUAAGGCAAGUUGGACAAAUGCAAGUAAAAAGCAACGUGAGAAGCUCCUUGAGCUAAUACGUCGUCUUGCAGAAGAUGAUAAAGAUGGUGUGAUGGCACACAAAGUGUUGAAUCUCCUGUGGAAUCUGGCCCACAGUGAUGAUGUGCCUGUAGACAUCAUGGACCUGGCUCUCAGUGCCCACAUAAAAAUACUGGAUUACAGUUGCUCCCAGGACCGCGACACACAGAAGAUCCAGUGGAUAGAUCGCUUUAUAGAAGAACUUCGUACAAAUGACAAAUGGGUCAUCCCUGCACUGAAACAAAUUAGAGAAAUUUGUAGUUUGUUUGGCGAAGCACCUCAAAACUUGAGUUCUUCUCGUUUCAGUCAAACUCAGCGAAGUCCCCAUGUAUUUUAUCGCCAUGACUUAAUCAAUCAACUUCAGCACAAUCAUGCCCUAGUUACCUUGGUAGCAGAAAAUCUUGCAACUUAUAUGGAAAGCAUGAGGCUGUAUGCCAGAGACCAUGAAGACUAUGACCCACAAACUGUGAGGCUGGGAAGCAGAUAUAGUCAUGUUCAAGAAGUCCAAGAAAGGCUUAACUUCCUUAGAUUUUUAUUGAAGGAUGGCCAACUGUGGCUGUGUGCUCCUCAGGCAAAACAAAUAUGGAAAUGCUUAGCCGAGAAUGCAGUUUAUCUUUGUGAUCGUGAAGCCUGUUUUAAGUGGUAUUCCAAGUUGAUGGGGGAUGAACCAGACUUGGAUCCUGAUAUUAAUAAGGACUUCUUUGAAAGCAAUGUGCUUCAGCUUGAUCCUUCCCUAUUAACUGAAAAUGGGAUGAAAUGUUUUGAGCGAUUCUUCAAAGCUGUGAAUUGUCGAGAAGGAAAACUAGUAGCAAAAAGGAGAGCGUAUAUGAUGGAUGAUUUGGAAUUAAUAGGAUUAGACUACCUAUGGAGGGUCGUGAUUCAGAGUAAUGAUGAUAUUGCCAGCAGAGCUAUAGAUCUCCUUAAAGAGAUAUACACCAACCUUGGUCCCAGGCUACAGGUCAAUCAGGUGGUAAUCCACGAAGACUUCAUUCAGUCUUGCUUUGAUCGUUUGAAAGCGUCCUAUGACACGUUAUGUGUUUUGGAUGGCGACAAAGACAGUAUUAAUUGUGCAAGACAGGAAGCUGUACGAAUGGUUCGAGUAUUAACUGUGUUGAGGGAGUAUAUAAAUGAAUGUGACAGCGAUUAUCAUGAGGAAAGAACAAUUCUGCCUAUGUCAAGAGCUUUCCGUGGUAAACACCUCUCUUUUAUAGUUCGAUUUCCAAACCAGGGCAGACAGGUUGAUGACUUGGAUGUAUGGUCUCAUACAAAUGACACAAUCGGUUCAGUACGACGAUGCAUUCUCAAUCGUAUUAAAGCCAAUGUAGCCCAUACAAAAAUUGAGCUCUUUGUGGGCGGUGAACUGAUAGAUCCUGCAGAUGAUAGAAAGUUGAUUGGACAAUUAAACUUAAAAGAUAAAUCGCUAAUUACAGCCAAACUUACACAAAUAAGUUCCAAUAUGCCUUCAAGCCCUGAUAGUUCUUCUGAUUCCUCAACUGGAUCUCCUGGAAACCAUGGUAAUCAUUACAGUGAUGGUCCCAAUCCAGAAGUGGAAAGCUGUUUGCCUGGGGUGAUAAUGUCACUGCAUCCCAGAUACAUCUCUUUCCUCUGGCAAAUUGCAGACUUAGGAAGCAACCUAAAUAUGCCACCUCUUAGAGAUGGAGCAAGAGUACUUAUGAAACUUAUGCCACCAGAUAGCACAACAAUAGAAAAAUUGAGAGCUAUUUGUUUAGACCAUGCCAAACUUGGAGAAAGCAGCCUUAGUCCAUCUCUUGACUCGCUUUUCUUUGGUCCUUCAGCUUCACAAGUGCUAUACCUAACAGAGGUAGUCUAUGCCUUGUUAAUGCCUGCUGGUGCACCUCUGGCUGAUGAUUCCUCUGAUUUUCAGUUUCACUUCUUGAAAAGUGGCGGCCUACCCCUUGUCCUGAGUAUGCUAACUAGAAAUAACUUCCUACCAAAUGCAGAUAUGGAAACUCGAAGGGGUGCCUACCUCAAUGCUCUUAAAAUAGCCAAACUGUUGCUAACUGCCAUUGGCUAUGGCCACGUUCGAGCUGUGGCAGAAGCUUUUCAGCCAGGUGUAGAAGGCGGCAGUCCUAUGACAUCGGUCAGCCAAGUUACUCAUGAUCAAGCAGUGGUCCUACAAAGUGCCCUUCAGAGCAUUCCUAAUCCAUCGUCUGAAUGCAUGCUUAGAAAUGUGUCAAUUCGUCUUGCUCAGCAAAUAUCUGAUGAGGCUUCACGAUAUAUGCCUGAUAUUUGUGUGAUUAGAGCUAUACAAAAAAUUAUCUGGGCAUCGGGAUGUGGGGCAUUACAGCUAGUAUUUAGCCCAAAUGAAGAAAUCACUAAAAUUUAUGAGAAGUCCAAUGCAGGCAAUGAGCUGGACUUGGAAGAUGAACAGGUUUGCUGUGAAGCAUUGGAAGUGAUGACCUUAUGUUUUGCCUUGAUUCCAACAGCCUUAGAUGCUCUUAGUAAAGAAAAGGCUUGGCAGACUUUCAUUAUUGACUUACUAUUGCACUGUCACAGCAAAACUGUUCGCCAGGUAGCACAGGAGCAGUUCUUUUUAAUGUGCACCAGAUGUUGCAUGGGACACAGGCCUCUGCUUUUCUUCAUUACUCUGCUCUUUACCGUUUUGGGGAGCACAGCCAGAGAAAGAGCUAAACAUUCUGGUGACUACUUCACUCUUUUAAGGCACCUGCUUAAUUAUGCUUACAAUAGUAAUAUUAAUAUACCCAAUGCUGAAGUUCUUCUCAAUAAUGAAAUUGAUUGGCUUAAAAGAAUUAGGGAUGAUGUUAAGAGAACAGGUGAAACAGGUGUUGAAGAGACCAUCUUGGAAGGCCACCUUGGGGUAACAAAAGAGUUACUGGCCUUUCAAACCCCUGAGAAAAAGUAUCAUAUUGGUUGUGAAAAGGGAGGUGCUAAUCUCAUUAAAGAAUUAAUUGAUGAUUUCAUCUUCCCUGCAUCCAAUGUUUACCUGCAGUAUAUGAGAAAUGGAGAACUGCCAGCUGAACAGGCUAUUCCAGUCUGUAGUUCACCACCUACCAUUAAUGCUGGUUUUGAAUUACUUGUAGCAUUAGCUGUUGGCUGUGUGAGGAAUCUCAAACAGAUAGUAGAUUCUUUGACUGAAAUGUAUUACAUUGGCACAGCAAUAACUACAUGUGAAGCACUUACUGAGUGGGAAUAUCUGCCACCUGUUGGACCCCGCCCUCCAAAGGGAUUUGUGGGGCUGAAAAAUGCUGGUGCUACUUGUUACAUGAAUUCUGUGAUUCAGCAACUCUACAUGAUUCCGUCCAUCAGGAACGGUAUUCUUGCCAUUGAAGGCACAGGUAGUGACGUAGAUGAUGAUAUGUCUGGGGACGAGAAGCAGGACAAUGAGAGCAAUGUUGAUCCCCGAGAUGAUGUAUUUGGAUAUCCUCAACAAUUUGAAGACAAACCAGCAUUAAGUAAAACAGAAGAUAGGAAAGAGUACAAUAUUGGUGUUCUAAGACACCUUCAGGUCAUCUUUGGUCACUUAGCUGCUUCUCGACUACAGUACUAUGUGCCCAGAGGAUUUUGGAAACAGUUCAGGCUUUGGGGUGAGCCUGUUAAUCUACGUGAACAACAUGAUGCUUUAGAAUUUUUUAACUCAUUGGUGGAUAGUUUAGAUGAAGCUUUGAAAGCCUUAGGACAUCCUGCUAUGCUAAGUAAAGUUUUAGGAGGUUCCUUUGCUGAUCAAAAGAUUUGUCAAGGCUGUCCACACAGAUACGAGUGUGAAGAAUCUUUUACAACUUUGAAUGUAGACAUUAGAAAUCACCAAAAUCUUCUUGAUUCUUUGGAACAGUAUGUCAAAGGAGAUUUAUUAGAAGGUGCAAAUGCAUAUCAUUGUGAAAAAUGCAAUAAAAAGGUUGAUACUGUAAAGCGGUUGCUAAUUAAAAAGUUACCGCCUGUUCUUGCUAUUCAACUAAAACGAUUUGACUAUGACUGGGAAAGAGAAUGUGCAAUCAAGUUCAAUGAUUAUUUUGAAUUUCCUCGAGAACUGGACAUGGAACCUUACACAGUUGCAGGUGUUGCAAAGCUGGAAGGAGAUAAUGUAAAUCCAGAGAGUCAGUUAAUACAACAGAACGAACAGUCUGAAAGUGAGACAGCAGGAAGCACGAAAUACAGGCUUGUUGGUGUACUUGUACACAGUGGUCAAGCAAGUGGGGGACAUUAUUAUUCUUAUAUCAUUCAAAGAAAUGGUGUAGAUGGUGAGAGAAAUCGGUGGUAUAAAUUUGAUGAUGGAGAUGUAACAGAGUGCAAAAUGGAUGAUGAUGAAGAAAUGAAAAACCAGUGUUUUGGUGGAGAGUACAUGGGAGAAGUAUUUGAUCACAUGAUGAAACGCAUGUCAUAUAGGCGCCAGAAAAGGUGGUGGAAUGCUUACAUACUUUUUUAUGAGCGAUUGGACACAAUAGACCAAGGUGAUGAGUUGACAAAAUACAUAUCAGAGCUUACUGUCGCCACAAGACCCCAUCAGAUUGUUAUGCCAUCAGCCAUUGAGAGAAGUGUACGGAAACAGAAUGUGCAGUUCAUGCAUAACCGAAUGCAGUACAGUCUGGAAUAUUUUCAGUUUAUGAAAAAACUGCUUACAUGUAAUAGUGUUUACCUAAAUCCUCCUCCAGGGCAAGAUCACCUGUUGCCUGAAGCAGAAGAAAUCGCUAUGAUUAGUAUUCAGCUUGCUGCUAGGUUCCUCUUUACCACGGGAUUUCACACCAAGAAAGUAGUCCGUGGCUCUGCCAGUGAUUGGUAUGAUGCAUUGUGUAUUCUUCUUCGUCACAGCAAGAAUGUACGUUUUUGGUUUGCUCAUAAUGUCCUUUUUAAUGUGUCAAAUCGCUUUUCUGAAUACCUAUUGGAAUGCCCUAGUGCAGAAGUAAGGGGUGCAUUUGCAAAACUUAUCGUUUUUAUUGCACAUUUUUCCUUGCAAGAUGGGCCAUGUCCUUCACCUUUUGCAUCUCCUGGACCUUCUAGUCAGGCUUAUGACAACUUAAGCCUGAGUGAUCACUUACUAAGAGCAGUACUAAAUCUCUUGAGAAGGGAAGUUUCAGAGCAUGGGCGUCAUUUACAGCAGUAUUUCAACCUGUUUGUAAUGUAUGCCAAUUUAGGUGUGGCAGAGAAGACACAGCUUCUGAAAUUGAGCGUACCUGCCACCUUUAUGCUUGUGUCUUUAGAUGAAGGCCCAGGUCCUCCAAUCAAAUACCAGUAUGCUGAAUUAGGCAAAUUAUACUCAGUAGUGUCACAGCUGAUCCGCUGUUGCAAUGUCUCAUCAAGAAUGCAGUCUUCAAUCAAUGGUAAUCCUCCUCUGCCCAAUCCUUUUGGUGAUCCUAAUUUAUCACAACCUAUAAUGCCAAUUCAGCAGAAUGUGGCAGACAUUUUAUUUGUGAGAACAAGUUAUGUGAAGAAAAUCAUUGAGGAUUGCAGUAACUCAGAGGAAACCGUCAAAUUGCUUCGUUUUUGCUGCUGGGAGAAUCCUCAAUUUUCAUCUACUGUCCU